CCGUUUUAGAUCUAAUUAUUACUGAAUUUUGUUUGGCUUAUGGCUGAAAAAAAAAAAAUUGUAUUCGACAAACACAUAAACUUUCUAAAGAAAUGAUAAUAGACAACAUUACAAUGGAUGAACAAGAAUCUCAAGGACAAUCUUCUACAAUAAGAGAACGUUAUUUAAAUACUGUUAAUGGGACUGGAGACGUUUAUUUUCAGUCACAACCACUAGACAAUACGCAGCAAGACUUAACUCCACCCUCAAGUUCAAAAAAACCGAAUUAUAAACUGAGAUAUAGUAUGGUGGGACAUAAGAAAGCUGUAUCAAGUGUCAAAUUUUCUCCUGACGGAAAAUGGCUAGCUAGUGCUUCUGCCGAUAAAACGAUAAAAAUUUGGAACGCUCUUGAUGGUAAAUACGAAAAAACCUUUGAAGGGCAUAAACUAGGUAUAUCAGACGUUGCUUGGUCUGUCGAUUCAAUGUCUUUAUGCUCUGGUUCUGAUGAUACUACGAUACGAAUUUGGCACUUAAAUAAAGAUCAAGCAGUUAAGGUUCUCAAAGGUCACACAAAUUAUGUUUUCUGCGUGAAUUAUAAUCCCCAAUCGAGUUUAAUAGUUUCGGGAUCUUUCGAUGAAAGUGUUAGAAUCUGGGAUGCCAAAAAUGGUAAAUGUUUAAAAACAUUACCUGCUCAUUCUGACCCCGUUUCUGCUGUUCACUUCAACAGAGACGGAACAAUGAUUGUGUCGUGUAGUUAUGAUGGUUUAAUUCGUAUUUGGGAUACUGCGACGGGUCAAUGUUUGAAAACUUUAGUAGAUGAUGAUAAUCCUCCUGUAUCCUUUGUGAAGUUUUCGCCUAAUGGCAAAUACAUUCUUGCUUCAACACUCGAUAAUACAUUACGUCUUUGGAAUUUUCAUAGUGGAAAGUGUUUGAAAACGUAUACUGGUCAUAUUAACAAUAAAUACUGUGUUUUCUCGAGUUUUUCUGUUACGGGCGGUAAAUGGAUCGUUAGCGGAAGUGAGGAUAAUUGUGUCUAUAUUUGGAAUUUACAAACUAAAGAAAUAGUGCAGAAAUUGGAAGGCCAUGCCGAUGUUGUUCUCACAAUCGCAUGCCACCCCACCAAGAAUAUUAUCGCUUCUGGAUCAAUUGAUAAUGAUAGAUCUGUGAGAUUAUGGUUUGAUUCUUCAUAAAUAGAACAUUCAUAUAUGUUCCUUUUUUACUUAAAUAUAGAUUUUAUGACCGGUAUAUUAUACCGACAAAAGUAGUAUUUUUUUAUGGAGCAUCACCUUAAUUUUUUGUAAUCAAAUUUUCUUUUACACGUUUUUUCCUUGCUUUAAUGCUGUGGAAUCAAAAAUAUUGAAAAAAUGGAAUUUUAGAAAUUAUAUUAAAAAUUGAAUAUUGUAAUUUAUAAGUUGUAGAUUUUAGUAAAAUAA